AUGGUGCGCGUUAUUAUCAAAGGUGGAGUGUGGAGAAAUACCGAGGAUGAAAUUCUUAAAGCUGCUGUUAUGAAAUAUGGAAAAAACCAGUGGAGUCGUAUUGCAUCUCUUCUGCACCGAAAAUCAGCUAAGCAGUGCAAGGCUCGCUGGUGUGAAUGGUUAGAUCCUGGAAUUAAGAAAACAGAAUGGUCACGAACAGAAGACGAAAAAUUGCUGCAUUUGGCAAAACUGAUGCCAACACAGUGGCGGACAAUAGCACCCAUUGUUGGUCGAACAGCUGCACAGUGUCUAGAGCGUUAUGAAUAUCUUUUGGAUGAGGCUCAAAAAAAAUCAGAACAACUGGAAGGGAGUGGGGGCUUGGAUGACGCGAGAAAAUUGAAACCUGGUGAAAUUGACCCAACUCCUGAAACAAAACCUGCUCGACCUGAUCCCAUCGAUAUGGAUGAGGAUGAAUUGGAAAUGCUUUCAGAAGCUCGAGCAAGAUUAGCAAAUACACAGGGUAAAAAGGCUAAGCGUAAAGCUCGUGAAAAGCAACUUUCUGAAGCGCGUCGACUUGCUUCACUACAAAAAAGACGCGAACUUCGUGCUGCUGGUAUACCAUGGGGUCAGCACAAGUUUCAACGCCGAAAUCCGUUACAUCUUGAUUACAGCGCAGAGAUUCCGUUCGAGAAAACUGUACCGCCCGGAUUUUAUGAUCCAUCUGAGGAUAAAUUUGAAAAAGAUAAGACCUUUAAAAAACAGACAAGAGCAGAAAUCGAAGGUGUUCGGCGUGAUGAUAUCGAAAAUGAGGAACGCAAAAAAGAUCGUGAAAAGCUAAAAAAACGAAGAUCUGAAGGUAACCCAGAAUCAAUAUUCGAACACAAAAUUGAAAAAAAACGCUCGAAGCUUAUUUUGCCGACACCACAAAUAUCAGAUAAAGAAAUGGAAGAUAUAAUUAAAAUCCGACAAGCUGCUGAUACUGUUCGUGAUCUUACAGACAGUAAUCCUACUAGUACACUUCUCCACGAUUAUCAAGUGCAGAUGCAUGAAAGUAGUGCACGAACAGCACGUACCCCUUCUAUGUAUGCUGACGCUCUGCGAAAGGAAGCGGAAAAUUUGCUCGCAUUGCAGAAUGUUCCAACACCACUAAAAGGUGGUGUUAAUACACCACUCCACGACCUAAAUUUGCAUUCAUCUCAACCGCGGGACCGCUUUGUUGCUACGCCAAACACUGUUCUUUCUCAAAUGGCAGCUACACCUUCUUCGAGUGUCCAAGUUUUAGGAACUCCUGGGCAGUCAGAACCACCGACGCCAUCGACAACACCUUUCCGAGACCAACUGAGUAUCAACAGUUUACAAUCAUCGUAUGAUUCUCGUGGUGACUUGAAAAAAGCACUUUGUUCUUUACCAGCACCUCGAAAUGAAUUUGUAAUUAUGGUCCCGGAAGAAGGAACAGAAACACCUCAAGAAGAAGCUACUGAUUGGGUGGAAGAUGCAAGCGAUGUGGAAGCUGAGACUGAAAAAAUGAAAGAUUUGGAGCGUGUGCGAAAACUGAAAAAUGAAUCACAAGUUAUACAGCGUGGUUUGCCGAAGCCUACGAAAAUUAACGAACAAAGUUUUAAACCAAUGGCGAGCAAAAGUGAUGUAGGGAAGGCUGAUGAUAUAAUCAAGGCAGAAAUGUUUACUUUAUUAAAGCACGACGUUGAAAAUCAAGCAAUUGAUAUUAUUUCUCUAGAAGAAUUAGAAAAUGCUAAAAAGAUGAUUGAAAAAGAAUUACGGCCGGAAGAACAUGUUGAUUUAAAUGCGAACUUAUGGGGUGUUAUUGAACAAUGCUCUUCAGAACUAGUUUUGGCACAAAAUAAAUUCACACGCUUAGGUGUCCUAUCGAAAAAAGAUCAAGUUGAUGCUCUUUCGGCCAAGUUCCAGCUUUAUCGUGAGUGGAUGGUGACGCGAGCGAAAAAGACAUCAAAAUUAGAAAAAAAAUUGAAAGUCAAGCUGGCUGGUUACCAAAGUAUCGCUCAGCAUUUGAUCAAAUUAAUUGACGAGGUACGAGCAGAAUUAGAAGCAUGUAAACGUGAAAAAGCAACGUUUGAGUUACUGGAAAAAAAUGAAGAAAAAGCGAUCAGUAAACGACUCAACAAACUUACGGAGGAAGUCACUCAACAAGAAAAGCGAGAAAAAGAACUGCAAAAACGGUACGAUGAUCUGAUGCAAGAGAAAUGGAAUAUUGGGCAAGCACUUGUAAGAAUGGAUGCUACAAUUGUAGCCCAGCCUGUUCCUUAUCAGUGA